AAGCUUCCUGGAAGCUGCAAUGGUACUCACCAAACACUCUCCAUUUAACCCCCCAACAGCUUCCAACCUCUUUCCCAUCAAACCAUUCUCUCUUUCAUUCUUCUCUCUGCAUUUUUCUUGCUUACCAACAAAUUCCAUUUCUGGGUCCUCUUCUUUUCGUUAUGACACUCAUCAAAUUCAGCAAGCUCAGCCCGAAACGUCUCUUCCGGUCCAAGAAGGACCGCUCCAUGGUCUCCAGAUCCGACCCAUCAUCUUUCAGCUUCUGCACCUCUUCGUCCUCUUCCUCCGACACCUCCGACACCCACCACAAGCCCCGUUCGACCAACGUCGGUGCCGAUGUCGGGACACCUACGAGCGUGCUUCCCGAGGUUUCGGGUGACUGGUCCGAUAUUUAUGGGGAGCUUGUGCAGGCUUUCAAGAUUAUAGACAGGGACAACGAUGGGAUUGUCUCGAGGAGCGAGCUUGAGGCGUUGCUUAGCCGGCUCGGAGCGCAGCCACCGAGCCGGGAGGAGGUGGCGACGAUGGUGAGGGAGGUGGACAGUGACGGCGACGGGUGUAUAAGCGUGGAGGCCUUGAUGAGCCGGAUAGGGUCGGCUUACGAGCCGGCUUGUGACGCCGAGUUGAGAGAGGCUUUCGAGUUUUUCGAUACAGAUCGCGACGGUAGCAUCACAGCGGAGGAGUUACAAGGUGUGUUCGCGGCCAUAGGGGAUGAUCGGUGCACAUUGGACGACUGCCGGCGCAUGAUAGCCGGGGUCGAUAAGAACGGAGACGGUUUCGUGUGCUUCGAUGACUUUUGUCGUAUGAUGGAGCUCCAAGCGUGAUUAAUCUGCGAUCGUGGUGCUCCUGAUGAUCAUAAACCGUUCAAGUGCUUAAUUAUUUUCUUGCUUUUUUUAUUUUUUUAUUUUUUUUGUAAAUUUUAGUGUGUGGGUUUUGGGGAAAAAUCUAUGAUCUUAAAAGGGAAGAUCAAUUGGACGGCUGUGGUUGGCUGAUCAUGAGACGUAAAAUUGUGCUUUCCUCCCCCGUGUAUAUAUAUAAGGGCCGUAUUCCAUAAUCGUAUUAGUCUUUUAGGUAGGCUUGAGAGUUACAUUAUGGAAUUUGGGCUUUUGGUGGGCCCAAAUCCAUGUGGUUGAAUCUAUUGUUUUUAUUUUUUGUUUGGAUUAAUAACAUUUUGGUCAUUGAAUAAUAAAAAA